UGAGCGGGCCUGGGCUCCCGCCUGUCCGCCGCCCGCGUGCAUUUGUCCGAUCCCAAGCGAGCUAACCCACGACCGCGCCGGACUGAGAGAGCCCACUAAGUCGGCCACACCUGCUGCAGGCACUGGUGGUCUCACCAGAAGGGACAGACGGAGACAAGAGCCAGUGAGAUAUGGCGGACGAUGCACUGGCUGGGCUGGAUGAGGGAGCCCUUCGGAAGCUGCUGGAGGUCACCGUGGACCUGGCAGAGCGGCGACACAUCCGCUCAGCCAUUCGGGAGCUGCAGCGGCAGGAGCUGGAGCGCGAGGAAGAGGCCCUGGCAUCAAAGCGCUUCCGGGCUGAGCGGCAGGACAACAAAGAGAACUGGCUGCACUCGAAGCAGCAGGAAGCCGAGCAGCGGGCAGCCCUGGCACGGCUGGCAGGGCAGCUGGAGUCCAUCAGUGAUGUGGAGGAGCUGACCGUGCUGCUGCGGGGUGCCGGUGAGUAUGAGGAGCGUAAGCUGAUCCGAGCCGCCAUCCGUCGUGUUCGGGCCCAGGAGAUUGAGGCCGCCACCUUAGCUGGGAGGCUGUGCAGCGGGUGCUCCAGUGGGGGCGCCAGAGAGGACAGCAAGGGCCGGGCAGCACAUAGGCUGGACCGGUGUGAGGUGCCAGAGCAAGAGGAGCAGGAGCAGCAGGUGGGGGCCCCAGAGCCAGCCCCCACCCCUGAGGGUACCAGCCAGGAUGUGACCACAGUGACACUCCUGCUACGGGUCCCUUCCGAGGAUACGCCCAGCUCGCCGACCUUACCCAGCUCACCAACUGCUGCCUCCCCUGAACCUGUCCUGGAGCCUGCUGAGGCCCUGUGUCCUGCUGUUGAGGCUCUGGGCAGCCCUGAGCCCCCUAGCCCACCUGGGAACACCAGUCCAGAACCCCAGGAGCUGCCAGCUCCACCCAGCUCUGAGAGACAGAUUGCCCCCAAGCUCCCCCCUGGCCCUUCCGAGCCCCCCGCUGACCAAGGCCACAACAGAAGCUCCUCUGACACAAAGAAAGCAGACCUAGCUGGACCCCGUCUCUGCCAACGCUCCCUGUCCGUGCUCAGCCCCCGCCAGCCAGUCCAGAACCGAGAGCUCACCCCCCUAGCCAGCGGACCUUCCCCAUUCCAGCGGGCUGCCUCGGUUCGGGACCGCGUCCGCAAGUUCACAUCCGAUUCUCCCAUGGCUGCCGGGCUCCAGGAUGGGCCACCCCGGGCAGCUCUCAGCACCCAGAGCCCCGCAAGGCUCGUGGGCCCCUCCCUCAUGAGCACCACCCCUGCCUCCUCCUCCAGCAACUCCUCUUCAAGGGGGGCCAGUGACACCUCCUCCCCACUCAUCAAGGAGCGGCCAGGAGUUACCCAGCCCCGGACCUUGCUCCGGAGCUGCCCCCAGGAGGAGGGCCCCAGAGGGCGGGGCCUGGCUGCCAGGCCCCUUGAAAACGAAGCAGGGGGGCCUGCCAAGCACUCAGAGGAGCCCAGCGCCCCACUGACUCUGGCCACCGGCACUGCUGAGCCAGGGGGCAGCAUGAAGACCACAUUCACCAUCGAGAUCAAGGAUGGCCGUGGCCAGGCUGCUACAGGCAGGGUGCUGCUGCCCACCAGCGGUCAGAGGGCAGAGGUGAGGCUGCAAGCAACCCCCUCCCUCCUCAGCAGCAGCAGCGGGGGCACAAGCACAGUCACCCAUGUCCGAGGCCCUGGGACCCUGGCGCAGCUGGGCAGCAUCACUCAUGUCACCAGCUUCAGCCAUGCCUCCCCUGGUGGCCGAGAAGGCUGCAGAAUUAAGGUGAGCCCUCUUCACUCUCUAGCCCAAUGCUGCUUCCCCGGGGCCCUACCCCCCAUUCUUUGGCCUCCUCUUGACUCAGCCACUCAUUCCCACAAAGUCCUGUCACAGAUCCAAACCCUACUCCCUAGAGUCCAGCUCCACCGAUUCCCGGGUUUCCACCAUCUCCAUCAUCAUUCCCUACCCCCUACCCACCUCCGCCAUCCCAGAAGAGCCCAUAUCCCUUGUGUCCUUGGUGUUGCUAACAAGCUGCCCUCUGACCCAUCCAUGUACCCGUGUGCCUGUGCGUGUGCGCUAUGUGGCAUCGGGCGGCCCUUCUGGACACGCCUGGGCCUUCCUGGCACAGACCAGCGGGACAAGGAGAGGGAACAGCGGCUCCAGGAGGCCCGGGCCCGGCCGGGGGAGGGCCGAGGCAACACGGCCACCGAGACGACCACCCGGCACAGUCAGCGGGCGGCCGACGGCUCAGCCGUCAGCACCGUCACCAAGACGGAGCGGCUCAUCCACUCCAAUGAUGGCACCCGGAUGGCCCGCACCACCACCGUGGAGUCGAGUUUUGUGAGGCGCUCCGAGAAUGGCAGUGGCAACACCAUGGUGCAAACGAAGACCUUCUCCUCCUCCUCCUCCAAGAGGAUGGGCAGUAUCUUCGACCGCGAGGAUGAGGCCAGCCCAAGACCCGGGAGCCUGGCGGCGCUUGAAAAACGCCAGGCAGAGAAGAAAAAGGAGCUGAUGAAGGCGCAAAGUCUGCCCAAAACGUCAGCCUCCCAGGCGCGCAAGGCCAUGAUUGAGAAGCUGGAGAAGGAGGGAGGCUCAGGCAGCCCUGGUGCCCCUCGUGCGUCCAUCCAGCGCUCCACCAGCUUUGGGGUCCCCAACGCCAGCAGCAUCAAGCAAAUGUUGCUGGACUGGUGCCGAGCCAAGACGCGUGGGUAUGAGCACGUGGACAUCCAGAACUUCUCCUCGAGCUGGAGCGAUGGAAUGGCCUUCUGCGCCCUCGUGCACAACUUCUUCCCCGAGGCCUUUGACUACGGGCAGCUCAGCCCGCAGAACCGGCGCCAGAAUUUCGAGGUGGCCUUUUCAUCCGCGGAGACCUAUGCAGACUGCCCGCAGCUCCUGGACACAGAGGACAUGGUGCGGCUUCGAGAGCCUGACUGGAAGAUGCUGGUGGACUGCGUGCCCCUGGUGGAAGUGGAGGACAUGAUGAUCAUGGGCAAGAAGCCCGACCCCAAGUGCGUCUUCACCUAUGUACAGUCACUCUACAACCACCUGAGGCGCCACGAGCUGCGCCUGCGCGGCAAGAACGUCUAGGCCUCCAGCCAGUGGCCAACCGCUGCCCCCACCCUCCGGGCACAGCCCCAGCCCUGCGCGCCUGCCCACUGCUGCCCCAUCUGUGGUGACACCCCUUUCCUCCAGUUCACGCGGCAUUUUGAUAAAUUAUUGGUUUACGAAGA